CUAUCUGAUAAGGUGAUCAUAGACGAUACGUAUAGGUAUAUUAGUUUUUUGAUUAUUAUUUUCAAUCCAGUUUUUUCCAACAAACCGUCAUCGAUAGUGAAGUUUCUUGAUAGGGACAGUGAAUCAAAAAGUAUUCACUCCAAUUGUAUGCUAGUAACGACUCCAAUAAAUCAUCCUCAAGAUGGGAUGCUGGGACAAAUUUAUCCUGCUGAUGUGGAAAAACUGGAAACUUCAACUGAGACGUCCGAUUUCAUUCGCUGCAGAAGUAGGAAUUCCAUUACUCGUAGUUGCGGCACUCCUUUACUUAAGGAGUAAAGCAGAUAUCUUCCAAAUAGACGAAUUAAAAUAUGAUCCAUUCAGUGUAGAUACAUUCAAUGAAAGUAUUAUAAGGGCAUAUUCACCAAACACAAACAAAUUCGUUAAUGAAUUGAUGAAUUCCUAUGAAUCUACCGGGCUCCUAAAGGGAUUUAAAACAGCUGCGGAAUUGGAAGAUUACUUUUUGAAUAACCCAACGAAUGACACUCCAAUAUGUGGAGUUGUAUUUGACGAUGAUUUACCGGAUGGGGAGUUGAAAGGAAAAAUAAAUAUCAAGCUGAGGUUCGACACGAGCUCGAAUUAUUUGUCAGAUGAUUGGAAAGUCGACUCACUGUAUCCUGAUAUCACUUUCAUGAAUGGCGAAAGAGAUGAUACUACUUAUUAUAGUCAUGGAGGACCGCCAGAUUACACAAAUUUCGAUAGUGUGAUGUAUAGUUUGACGUCCAAAAUUUUCGCGAAGAGAAAGAUUACAUUCCCAAAUGUAAUUCUGGAAAGAUUUCCUAGGCCUGCCUAUUCCUAUGAUCAAUUUUAUCCCUCUUUGUGUGAUGCAUUCUUCUUCGGAUUUCUAUUCAUGGCAGCUUUUGUAUACUCUUCCGUGAGCAUGGUCAAGGCCAUCACACUGGAAAAAGAAAGACAACUGAAGGAAUCCAUGAAAGUCAUGGGCCUUCCUACUUGGUUGCAUUGGACUGCUUGGUUCGUUCAGAUGUUUACGCCUCUUCUACCCGUGGCAAUCAUCAUGGCCAUUUCAAUGAAAUUGUCAAUAGGGGGUACAAAGAUAAUGGAAUAUUCAGACGUAGGUCUCUUGUUCCUUUUUUUCCUACUUUAUACCAUACAGGUGAUCACGUUUUCCUUCGCGGUGAGUGUCUUCUUCAGCAAAGCGAAUAGAGCUACCUCUUUAGCCGGAAUGAUUUGGAUUUUAGCCAUGGUUCCUUAUAUUAUUAUACGAUGUGGAAAUUAUGGGAAAAUCAGCGCUUUCAUGAAGUAUUUCACGUCAUUAUUAGCCCCGAGUGCUAUUUCUUAUGGAUUAGAUCUGAUCUGCUUGUUUGAAGUCAGAAAAAUUGGAGCCCAAUGGAGUAACCUCUUCGAGAGAAAUCCUCAGAUCGGCAUAACCUUUGGUGGCAUUUUGCUGAUGAUGUUCAUGGACAUAUUCGUAUACUUAGGAAUUGCUCUAUACGUGGAACAAAUUUAUCCGGGAGAAUUUGGGGUUCCUCAAAAAUGGUAUUUCUUAUUCACUCGUCAGUUCUGGAGCCGAGAAGAAGUUUCUUCAUCAACAACUGGUCGUCAGUCCACAAUGAAGGGAGAGUUUUUCGAAGAGGAACCUCUGAACCUACGAGCAGGCAUCAAGAUCGAGAACCUCUGCAAGACCUUCGGUGCCAACGACGCCGUCAAGGAUCUCAGCAUGAAUCUUUACGAAGACCAAAUCACAGUUCUUCUCGGUCACAACGGUGCUGGAAAAACUACAACGAUGUCAAUGUUGACAGGGAUGUUCCCCCCCACCAAGGGAACAGCUACAAUAAAUGGCUUUGACAUCAGUACUCAGAUCAUGAGAGUGAGAGACAGCAUGGGCUUAUGUCCUCAACAUAAUGUGCUCUUUGACGAUCUAACAGUGACGGAGCAUCUGAUAUUCUUCAGCAAAUUGAAGGGAUGUAAAGGAGAACAAGUCGAUGCGGAGGUCAGGAAGUUUUUGAAGCUCUUGAGCUUAGAGGAUAAGGCUAACGCAAAAUCCAGCGAAUUAUCUGGAGGAAUGAAGAGGAAGCUGUGCGUGGGGAUAGCCCUGUGCGGCAAUUCUAAGGUGAUAAUGCUCGAUGAGCCGACAGCGGGUAUGGACCCAUCAGCUCGAAGAUUUAUUUGGGAAUUCUUGCAAGAACAGAAAAAAGGCAGGACAAUUCUCCUAACCACACAUUUCAUGGACGAGGCCGAUCUGCUGGGCGAUAGGAUAGCGAUUAUGUCAGGUGGCGAGUUGAAAUGCUGCGGUUCAAGUUUCUUCUUGAAGAAGAAAUAUGGCGCUGGUUAUCAUCUGGUUAUAGACCAACUACCCAACUGUCAACCGAAUGCGAUCACGAGAUUACUGGCUGAACAUAUACCGGCUGUCCAUAUUGAAUCGAAUGCUGGCACGGAACUGACCUACCUUCUGCCAGAGAAAUAUUCCUCGACUUUUCCCAGCGUGCUGUCUCAACUAGAGGAAAAUUCGUCUAGGCUUGGUAUCAGGAGUUUCGGAAUCUCCUUGACAGAUCUUGAAGAAGUAUUCAUGAAGGUUGGCACAAAUGAAACCGGCAGGAUGGUAUCUAAUGAAACGAAUCAUCACAAUGUAGAAGGAUACACCAAUGUGACAAUAAAUUCAACAUAUCUAGAAACUGGCACUAGUUUAUACAUGAACCAAAUCAGAGCUAUCUUUUGGAAGAAGUACCUUGUGGCUGUUAGAUCGUGGAUGACCGAGAUUAUGAAAACACUUCUUCCAUUACUUUAUAUAUUUCUGGUGGUCUACUCGACCAGCUCAGGAGACAACUCGAAAGACGAGGGGUACAGGGAAUUUUCUCUGGCCGACUAUGACAACCCUAUAACGUUGGUAGAUGGUAGUAAAGUAGCGAAACAAUACGAAGAUUUGCUGAAUAGUCAGCAACAGAAGUACGAGGUUGUAGAUGAUGUCGGUGCAGUGGCUGAAAACAUGACUAUCAAGGACCUUGAUUUGAUUAAAUACACCUACUUGAUUGGUGCAUCUUAUGAUGAUACAAUUCAAGCAGCUAUAGCUUGGUUUAGUAAUGAACCUCUACAUACUGUACCACUCACACUGCAGAUGAUGAUGAACAGUUUCAUACCAGAUCGUUCCUUCCAGUUAAACUUCAUCAACUACCCACUCCCAAAGCGAAAAACUGAUGAGGAUAUUUUGAUUCAAGAAAUAACAAAGUCAAUAAACAGCAUCAUGGCAAUAUCGCUUGCAGCGGCGUACGUCGGAAAUUUCUACGUCAUGUUCAAUAUAAGGGAGAGGAUGUGUCAAGCAAAGCAUCUACAAUUCGUAUCCGGUAUCAACGUUUACAUAUUCUGGUUGAUAUCCUUCAUCGCCGAUUUCAUCACCUACUUGAUUCCUUCCAUAGCCAUAAUAAUUGCAUUCUCUAUAUUGCAACCGAAAGGUCUAGCAAGUUUUGAAUCUCUAAGUUACUUGGCUCUGAUUAUGUUCGACUUCGGUGUGGUGGUAAUGCCAUUCAUGUACGUGUGCUCUUACUUAUUCACUGUUCCUUCCACUGGUUAUUCAAGGAUGUGGUUCAUCAGUUUUACUGCAGGUUUUCCAGCUGUAUUCAUAAUGUACAUUUUGGACUUGCUGGACAGCAGUUACGCUGUCAUCAAAUGGAUUCUCAGGAUCAUACCGCAUUAUGUCCUGACCGAAGGAGUCUUCGAUAUAAUGCAUGUUUUACCAACUAGCACGAAGGAAACUAACGGAGAAAGCGUAGAUGAUGACGCCCUAUUGAGCUUCCACGAACACAGCCUCGGAACUGGCAUCGCCAUAACUUACGUCACAACCGUUAUCUUCUUCGGCAUACUCUUCCUGAUAGAUCUGAAGAUACUGUCCAAUUUGAUGUACAAGAUAUUCCCCGACCGAACGAUACCUAAUCCACCAUCUACAGUUGACGAAGACGUGAACGAAGAAAACCAGAAGGUUCGCAACUCCCCCAUGUCCCAGCUGCUAGACCAGAACUUGCUGGUACUGAAGGACCUGACCAAGAACUACAAGGGUUUCACCGCGGUGAACGGCCUGAAUCUGACCGUGAAAAAAGCCGAAUGUUUCGGCCUGCUCGGAGUGAACGGGGCGGGAAAAACUACCACGUUCAAGAUGAUGACCGGCGACGAAAUGAUAAGUAGUGGGGACGGCUGGAUCAACGGGUUCAGCAUCAGGAGCCAGAUGAAGGAGGUGCAGAGCUGCAUCGGUUACUGUCCUCAGUUCGACGCUCUCAUAGACAAUCUGACGGCGAGGGAAACACUGAAGAUCUUCGGACUCAUCAGGGGAGUCCCCAAGGACGAGUGCGAUUUCACGGCCGAGAGACUCGCGAGAGACUUCGAUUUCACCCAACAUCUCGACAAGCAGGUCAAGCAGCUGAGCGGGGGUAACAAGAGGAAACUCAGCACAGCCAUCGCUCUGAUCGGGGACGCACCAAUCAUAUUUUUGGACGAACCAACCACAGGUAUGGACCCAGGAACGAAACGUCACCUCUGGAACCGUCUGUCCAACAUUCGAGCAAGCGGAAAAUCCAUCAUACUGACCUCCCACAGCAUGGAGGAGUGCGAGGCCCUCUGCACCAGGCUCGUCAUAAUGGUGAACGGAAACUUCCAGUGUCUGGGGUCCAUCCAACAUCUGAAGAGCCGGUUCUCGGAAGGGUUCUCCGUCACCCUCAAGAUCAAGAAGAUAAAGAACAGCAGCGGUAUGGAACACAGAGAUACAACGCCCAUCGAGAACUUCAUGAACCAUAACUUCAGAGGAUGCGAACUCAGGGAGAAACAUCAAGAGCUGUUGAAUUACUACAUCAAAGACAGGGACGCCAAGUGGUCUCAAUUGUUUGGUACUUUGGAGAAGGCUAAAGCUGAACUUGAUAUAGAAGAUUAUUCUAUAGGUCAAGCCAGCUUAGAACAGGUUUUCUUGACUUUCACUAAACAACAAAAAACACAAGAAGCGCCCCAGAAGAGGAAGAAGAGGUGUUGUGGACUAUGCUGUUAACAAAUUUUUUCGUACAGAGUAGGAAAAUGCAGCAAGAGAAGUGACAAAGUGUCUAUAUUUAGAUAAUUGUGAAUAAUAUAUAUUUGUAUGUAAAAAAUGAAGAAAUAUAAUCAAUUCGAUUCAAAA